AUGACGGAUGCACCUGCUCGGGCAUCCGAACAGGACCUUGUCGACCAUAGCAAGGUUCUCUCACCGCAUCUCGACCCCAGCUACACAGCCGACUUCGAUGGCGUAGGAUCCGGUACCGCACAUGUCAACUCUCAGAGUCCUGAAGAUGAAGCAGAAUCAUCGUUGCGCCUUCCGGGCGGUGACAUGCACAGGGACCUUUAUCACAUCCAGGCUAAAUCUAAACGCGCCAAAAUGCACCAGCGGGCGGCGACUUUCUCUCAUACCGCGGAGUUUGCACCUUCUGAGGCCGAUAAUGAUGAAUUUGUCCCUGUGUCUGAGCAGCUUGCGCCAGGCGGAUUCAGACGGGCGUAUCUGGCUAAACAAGCGAGAAGCGUGAGCCACAUUGCUGCUCCGGUCACGAGGAAUUUCAUCUCAUUUCUGGAGCUGUACGGAAAUUUCGCCGGUGAAGAUCUUGAAGAGUCAGAUGAUGAAUCAGCCGUCGAGGAUGAAGAAACAACCGCACAACCAGACGAGCGCCGGCCAUUGCUUGGCAGGAGGAAGAGCUCUAAGAGAACCAGAGCUCAAGGCGAUGCGUCAAACCUGAAGUCUUUCUUCACCCUGUUGAAGGCUUUUGUGGGGACUGGUAUCAUGUUCCUGCCCAAGGCCUUCAAGAAUGGUGGCAUGCUGUUCUCGUCCAUCACGCUACUCACCGUGGCCGCAGUCACCAUGCUCUGCUUCCAGCUUCUACUUCAAUGCCGAGCACGGUACGGCGGUGGUUACGGAGAGCUUGGCCAAGCUGUUGGCGGAACACGACUGCGAUCUAUCAUCCUCUCUUCCAUCAUGCUGUCACAGAUCUGCUUCGUCUGUGCAGGUCUCAUCUUCACGGCGGACAACAUCUCAGCCUUCCUCACCGCUGUGACGCCCAAGAACAACGAACCACUUUCCACCAACGCACUCAUCGGCAUCCAGGUCCUUGCGCUCAUCCCCAUGUCCUACAUCCGCAACAUCUCGAAGCUGGGUCCGCUGGCCAUCUUGGCUGACAUCUUCAUCGCCAUGGGUCUCGUGUACAUCUACUGGUACGACAUCUCCAGCAUUUCCGAGAUGCACGGUUUCCACCCUUCGGUCGAGCUCUUCAAUCCUCGCGACUUCACGCUGACUAUCGGCUCCGCCAUCUUCACCUUCGAAGGCAUCGGCCUCAUCUUGCCGAUUCAAUCGAGCAUGAAGCACCCUGAGAACUUCAACAAGCUUCUCGGUAUCGUCAUGCUUAUCAUCACUGUCAUCUUCACAUCCGUCGGCGUCCUCUGCUACGGCACAUUCGGUGAAAACGUCAGCGUCGAGGUCAUCACCAACUUCCCGCAGUCCAGCAAGCUGGUCAACGCCAUCCAGUUCCUGUACGCCAUGGCAGUCAUGGUCGGCGAACCGGUGCAGCUGUUCCCCGCUAUCCGUAUCCUCGAGCAGAAGCUCUUUGGUCAGCGCUCGGGCAAGAAAGACGCGCUCACCAAGUGGAAGAAGAACGCUUUCCGCACUUGUAUUGUGUUGCUGACGGGUGUGAUUGCCGUCAUCGGUGCGAGCAACCUCGACAAGUUCGUCGCGCUUAUUGGAAGUGUCGCUUGCGUCCCGUUGGUAUACAUCUACCCGGCGUACCUUCACUUGAACGGCGUUGCAGAGAGCAACCUUGCGAAGGCGGGCGAUGUCCUGAUGAUGGUGGUUGGCGUGGUGGCUAUGGUGUACACGGCUUCUAUCACGAUCGUGCGCUGGUCGGAGACGUAA